AGUUAUCCUGUAGCCACGUUGAAGACGACCGUUUCAGUCAAUAUUCUCAUGCUAAGUGCGAAAAAGGGUUGUCCGUCAUAAUCAAAGUCGUCGUCGUCUCUAACGAUGCCGGGAACAUGCUCCGCUACGACGCACACGGGGGCGCGCUGUACGUCUCCUGCUACAGACUCUAGCGGCCAAUGCUCGCACCACGCUCGGAUGGCUCGCAUCAUGGCGCUCGCGCCCAAGUCCAAGGCUCUUACGUCCGUGUCAACGACUUCUAGCGUCUCGUCAGCGGACGUUCCGUCGCUCUCUCCAUCGUCUUCUUCCUCCUCCUCUUUCGACAUGUCCCCUUUGAACUCCACUCUGUCCGGAGACAAUAGUCUCCAAUGGCUACCAGGAGAGACAGUGGUGCACUCCGUCACCUGCUCCUUCGUGUUCCCCGGCGCUCUGACGCUUCCAGAAAUCCCCGGAACGCUCUACAUCACGUCGUUUAGACUCCGAUUCGAGCCCCAGAGCGCGUCGUUAAGAACCAUUGGGGGAUUCCACAGACUACUGGACACUGCGCUUCGAGGCAUGCCGCGAGCAGCGGUGGCCAGACUCUCGUACCCUCAAGCGACUGUAUCAGCGUCGAGGUCCAUCAACGCGUACACUCCUACGAGACUUGUGGUUAAAUUCAAGGACUUACGCUCAUGGACACUAGGCGGAGAUGUGACGAGACUACUGCCAGCAUUAAAUCGACACGCUUAUGUGGACACCCCGCUGAAUUUGUUCGCGUUUACGUCGAUCGGAGCGAUGCAGGAGGAUCUCCAGGGUCACGCGCUCUAUGAUCUGUAUGAGGAUUUUGCCAGGAUGGGCGUGGCACUGAGAGAUGGUAGCAGUCCCUACCGAGUGACGGAGCUGAAUGCCUCAUUCUCCAUGUGUCCGACUUAUCCUAGAGAGCUGGUAGUGCCAGCAGCCGCCAGCGACUCAGAAGUAGGGGCUGUAGCCUCGUUCCGAUCCAAAGGGAGACUACCGGUCUGUAGUUAUGUACAUGCACAGAACGGCGCUGCAUUAUGGCGAUGUGCACAGCCCAAACGCGGCAUUCUACACACACAGAACCCCGCAGACGAGCAGUAUUUGCUUCAUAUCGCUCGAGCGGCUUCUAGUUCGUAUUCUGGAUCACCGACACGUAGGAUUUGGAUCGCAGAUUGCCGGCCAGAACUCAAUGCACGCGUCAAUAACUUGACCGGAGGUGGCACGGAGAGCGGGAACCUUGCACAUGCUCGAGUGACUUUCUUGAAUAUCGGGAACAUCCACGCUAUGCGUGAGAGUAUUGAAGCUGUACGUGGACUAGGAGGCUUCACGGCUCCAACGAACAAUACGGAGUCGAUGGAUCUCUCGUGGGGGUCACGUGUUGAAGACACAAAGUGGCUCUCGCAUGUGCGACGUGUGUUGAGUGGGGCUCUGCAGGUGGCACGUGCGAUGGAGGCGCAAGCCACGACUGUCGUUGUCCACUGCAGCGAUGGUUGGGACCGUACAGCUCAGCUCUGCGGCCUUGCACAGCUGCUGAUUGAUGCUCAUUACCGUACGCGACGAGGAUUCCUAGAGGUGAUUGAGAAGGAGUGGGUGCGCGCAGGACACAAGUUCCAGGACCGCGUAGCUCCGGGUAAAGCAGAGGACGAUGACGACCAACAAGCGCCGAUCUUCCUGCAAUUCUUGGAUUGUGUGUGGCAGAUUAUUCGUCUCUACCCGACGUACUUUGAAUUUAAUGAGCGGAUGCUCGAGGCGAUGGCAGAUGCACUAUUCUCUGGGAGAUAUGGCACGUUUCUAGGUAAUUGUGAGCGAGAACGCACGGCGUGGAGUGUGCGGGAGCGAACGCCGUCGCUCUAUGCGCUCUUGCUUCAAGGCGACCGAUUUGUGAACCCGUUCUACCGUGCCGGCAGCACAGGGGCGUUGUUACCUGAUGCGCCAGCCGUGCUGCGUCAAGUCACGCUGUGGACAUCGUACUACUUCCGAGGAGCUCCGUUCCCAGCAGCACCGACAGGCAAUCCAACCCCACCGAUGUACGCAAUCGAUAGUGGAGAGGAAAAUGCGUCGCCUAUUGGUGCGCAGGAAGAUAUGGAGAAUGCCAUGGCGGCAGCAUUGCGAAGGAUCCGUGACUUGGAGGAAGAACUUCGUGAUGCGACGUCGGAACCUCCUACGCCACCGAGACCGGCGCCGGUGUCGUACCCGCCAUUGUAUUCGCCCACUACAAAAGCCGAUUUAUCGCGCAUCCAGCAGAAUUCGCAGCCAGAGGCAUCAACUCAGCAAAACACGUCGAAUGGAUAUCAUUCUAGCAGCAGCAGUAGUAAUGAUGGAAGCGCGUACGCUGCAUCCACGACUUCCAUGUCGCCAGCUCCGACGCCGACACUAUCCCCAGCACCGGUCUUGGUCCAGUCACUUGCAGAAGCAACUACGUGGACAUGCAGCCUGUGCACCAAGACAAACGCGGCCGACGUGCUUCAAUGCGUCGUAUGUGGUCGCACACCGCGGUAGACAUCAAAAAGAGUAAGUAAAAAUGCAUGAUGAUUCAUUCUUCUGUCCCUAAAUAUGAUCCUAUAGACACUCCUGCU